UAGGGAAAGGAAAUAGCUGCGGGAGCCGCAUCCUGCCUGCGCUAUCGGCUCCUGAGGUGGAGGCAGAGAGGGUGGAGAAGGCAGAGAAGGGUGCCGCAGAGAAAAAAGUGUCAAAGCCAGUACGGCUUUAGAAUACGGUGAAGGAUACUUUUCAUGGUGCAUGGAAGGAAAGCCAAUGCGCAGGUGUACCAACAUUCGACCGGGAGAGACUGGAAUGGAUGUAACAAGCCGCUGUACCCUUGGAGACCCCAACAAACUCCCAGAAGGGGUUCCCCAACCUGCUCGCAUGCCCUAUAUCUCAGACAAGCACCCUCGGCAAACCUUGGAAGUGAUCAACCUUCUGAGAAAGCACAGAGAGCUAUGUGAUGUGGUGCUAGUUGUGGGCGCUAAGAAGAUAUAUGCCCACCGCGUCAUUCUGUCAGCCUGCAGCCCCUACUUCCGAGCAAUGUUUACAGGAGAGCUGGCAGAGAGCCGGCAGACAGAAGUCGUGAUCCGAGACAUAGAUGAGAGGGCUAUGGAGCUACUGAUUGACUUUGCAUAUACCUCCCAGAUAACUGUGGAAGAGGGCAAUGUUCAGACCCUCUUGCCUGCCGCCUGCCUCCUCCAGCUGGCCGAAAUACAAGAAGCCUGCUGUGAAUUCUUAAAGAGACAAUUAGAUCCUUCUAAUUGUCUGGGCAUUCGGGCUUUCGCUGACACACAUUCUUGCCGCGAGUUGCUAAGGAUUGCAGACAAGUUCACCCAACAUAACUUUCAAGAGGUAAUGGAGAGUGAAGAAUUCAUGUUACUUCCGGCCAACCAACUCAUCGAUAUAAUAUCUAGUGAUGAGCUCAAUGUUCGGAGUGAAGAACAAGUGUUUAAUGCAGUGAUGGCCUGGGUCAAAUACAGUAUUCAGGAAAGACGUCCUCAGUUACCCCAGGUGCUGCAGCACGUCCGCCUGCCUUUGCUUAGUCCCAAGUUCCUGGUGGGCACCGUAGGCUCUGAUCCCCUCAUUAAAAGUGAUGAAGAAUGCAGAGACUUGGUAGAUGAGGCUAAAAACUACCUCCUGUUGCCUCAAGAGCGACCUCUAAUGCAAGGGCCUCGGACAAGGCCACGGAAACCCAUCCGAUGCGGAGAAGUGCUCUUUGCAGUUGGUGGUUGGUGCAGUGGAGAUGCCAUUUCCAGUGUUGAACGCUAUGAUCCCCAGACCAAUGAGUGGCGAAUGGUGGCUUCGAUGAGUAAAAGGCGAUGUGGAGUCGGGGUCAGUGUUCUUGAUGACCUGUUAUAUGCAGUAGGUGGCCAUGAUGGAUCCUCAUAUCUCAAUAGUGUUGAAAGGUAUGACCCCAAAACAAACCAGUGGAGCAGUGAUGUGGCCCCUACAAGCACCUGUAGGACAAGCGUUGGUGUGGCAGUCCUUGGAGGUUUUCUCUAUGCUGUGGGUGGACAGGACGGUGUCUCUUGCCUCAAUAUAGUUGAGAGGUAUGAUCCAAAGGAGAACAAGUGGACUCGGGUGGCUUCGAUGAGCACUCGAAGGCUGGGAGUUGCUGUGGCUGUGUUGGGAGGGUUCCUGUAUGCUGUAGGUGGCUCUGAUGGGACAUCCCCACUCAACACAGUGGAGCGCUACAAUCCUCAGGAAAACAGGUGGCAUACCAUAGCGCCUAUGGGGACCCGAAGGAAACACCUAGGUUGUGCAGUGUACCAGGACAUGAUCUAUGCUGUGGGAGGGAGAGACGACACUACAGAGCUUAGCAGUGCUGAGAGAUACAACCCCAGAACUAACCAGUGGUCUCCCGUGGUGGCCAUGACAUCCCGCAGGAGUGGAGUUGGCCUAGCCGUGGUCAAUGGACAGCUCAUGGCAGUCGGGGGUUUUGAUGGUACAACAUACUUGAAGACCAUUGAAGUUUUUGACCCAGAUGCCAAUACAUGGAGGUUAUAUGGAGGGAUGAAUUACCGUCGGCUGGGAGGUGGUGUAGGAGUUAUUAAAAUGACACAUUGUGAAUCCCAUAUAUGGUGAACACAGAAAAAUAUCUUGCAUACACUCCUUUAUAUUUGGAAGAGCCUUGACUUCAAAGCUUUCUACAGCUCGAGAAACAAUAGAACAAAUUUUAUUCUUUGCCGGUGCCUCAACAUUCAGAAAUACCAGUCUAACGAUGGAACUCACCUGCAAAAUGCCACCUUUGCACAAUGCCUUUCCGCUCUGUGCAGAAGAGUAUUUAUUUUUGGCUUUAAUUUAUCAUGGAGUUUUGAUGGGAUUUUGUUUGUGUUUUGUUGGUUUGGGUCGGGUCCUUUGGGUUUUUGUUAUUGUUGUUAUGUUGUUUUUAAACUUUUUUUUUUUUUUACUUAUCCUUCCUACCAUGAAAAAAGAAAAAAGAAAAAAAAAAAAGGCAAAAGUUCCAAGCUGCAAAAUUUACUUUGCUUUCUAGGUUUUGUGUUGAUUUUAAAAAUACCGAUAAGAGCAGAAGGGCUAUGUGUGACCUGACGUUAUUCCUAGUAGACACUGUCCAUCUACUGAGAUUGCCAGUGCUGAAGGUAAGAUCCUAGUAUAUGCGCUAGCUCCCAUUCUGCACUAAAUACUGGAGCACUCCAAAUGUAAAGGGGGCUGGAGAUGGUUCAGUAAGAGUGCAUGCUGCACGCAGAGGACCCGAAUUCAGUUCCCAGCACUUAUAUCUGGCAGCUCACGACUGUGUGUAACUCCAUCUAGAACAGUGGUUCUCAACCGUCCUGAUGCUGCAACCCUUUAAUACGGUUCCUCAUGUUGUGGUGACCCCGAACCAUAAAAUUAUUUUUGUUGCUACUUCAUAACUGUAAUUUUGCUACUGUUAUAAAUCAUGAGGUAAACAUCUGAUUGCAGGAUAUCUGAUGUCCGAGCUAUGUGAGAGGGUCCUUCCAUCACACACAACACACACACAAAGAGGUCACGACCCACAGGUUGAAAACUACUGAGCUGGCUUAUCCAGGGCUCUUUUAUCCUUUGUAGGUACCUGUAUUCCUGUAUAUUCACAUAUAUACAAACAAACAUAUACCCAUCAAAUAUAAGUAAUUAAAAAUGAAAUUUCUUUUAAAUGUAAAAGAGAAACAGAAUAAGAAGACAUCUCACUCAAUAGGACAAUUAGGAAGGAAUAUUAAAUCUAUGAAAGCAGGACUCAGAUGCUACGAUCUGCAUUCACUGGUGGGUGUUUACAUCUGUCUAGCUGAACUUUCUACCCCACUUCCCUCUUUUCUCCUGUAGUAUUUUCAUAGUGUCUACCACAUGUACCUGUACCUAGGUCUCUGCUCAGUGCCUCUUAUAAAAACAGUGUAAGGCUCAUUGCUUGUCGUCUUGAGAAUUCCAGUGAAGGCAAGUGCAGCUGUGUAGGAGUUGCGCUGACUGUUUCCACCUGCAGCUUUCUUUCCUGUCUCCUCUUUGCAACCAAGCAGCAGUGACCUUUCUCCAGCAGUGACUUCUGUUUUUCACUUUACACCGGAUGUUCUGGCCUGGUGACUCUGAGGUGACCCUUAGUAACAGCAAAGGAAUGAUUUUCAUGUUAGCAGCUUGUGUGAAGGAACUCCAAGCCAGCCAAGCAUGUGAGCAGAGCUGGGGUCCUAACAGUAUCACUUUGAUCUCAUACGGCCACUGCUACUCUGUCUCUUAAGUUGCACUUUCUGAUGAAAGGUUGAAAAUUUUAAGGAAAGAAAUGAAAACUUUAGUGCCUAAGGUUCUCCCCCAUAAUAGUCAUAGACUGAUUUUUUUCCUUUCAAUGUAUUUUGCAGGAAAACCUUUGAAUGAGACUUUAGCCACAACCAAAAGGAAUAACCUUUACCUUCUCCCUCUCCCCUGGCACCUUUUGUGUUUACAUUUAAACAUCAUUUGCACCUUUUUCAAGGAAAAAAUAAGUAUUUGGUAAACAGUUGUUUACAUGUAUCAUUUAUGCUUUUUCUAGCAUGUAUAACUUUUUAAAAUAAAGGUAGUAUUUACCAUAAAAAUGGUUUAAUUUUUAAA